UGUAAAUGUAAAAUGUAAAAGUAGACCAAUAUGGCUUUCUAUAUGACGAUCAGGAUUUUAAUUAAUUAUGAUACUAUAAAAGGAUAUAUAUGAAGUUAGAACAUCUGAAUAAGGUUACUUCUUAGUAAUGGAUACACAAACGGAAAAUUUAUUGGACAGGUUACGACAAUUUUAUGAAAAAAUAGUAAUGAACAUUAUUCAUGUUUAUUUUGAACGAGAAAUUUUAGAUAAGACCACCAGUUUUUACUUCUUUCUCCAUAAGAAUAAACAUAAACUAUUUCAUGAGUACAUUCCAACGGUUCCUUGUUGUCAAUGUCAGACAGGGUCACAAUAUAAAUCAACAUCAAAAACUGGAUGUUUGAGAGAAUCCCAGUUUACCGUUUUGUAUAAAUGUACGACUGAGGAUGAAUCAUGUCAAGAAAAGAAAGAUGGAACCAGAAGGAAAGAACAUUGCAUAUGCAAAUUUGAUCCGAAAGACGUCAAGGUAUUUCAAUUGGAUAUAAUACUUGUAUCAGCCAUUAUCAAUACAUGCUGUCCACAGCCACUACCUGCCAAUCCUAAAUGGAUUCAGAAGAUAAAAGAAGUGAGAAAUUUCUUAGAUCAUCAUGGAGAUGCUAGUUGUCUUUCUAAAGCUGAUUUUGACGAUAAAUGGCAAAUACUGGAGAAAUAUUCACUAUUAGUGGCAAAUACUACUGGGGAAUCAUACAUGUUAGGAAUAAAAAACAGAAUUCUGAGUUUAAAAAAAGAAAAUGACGUUAGUUUUAGUUUGAAAGAGGAGAUUAUGAAUAAGCUUAGGAAUCACACAGCAGUUUCAGAAGACACCAUUGGACAAAUCAGCAUCCAACUAGAUAAAAUCAUAUUCAUGCUAAAAAAUAUCAACAUUCAAAUAUCACCUAAAGCCACAGAAAACUUAGAAGACGGAAACGACUUUUCAGACAGAGAAACAAAAUGCUUCGUUCGGUGGACACUUUCUACUCCAAGUUGCUGGACAGUAGAUGAAAUCAAACGCAAACUGCAGAGCGUAACAAAUUUGUCUGAUUUCAGGAUACAGUUCGUUUAUACUGGUUCGCUAGUUAUCGAAACAACAAUUUCAAAAAUAAUUGUUUACAAUGCUGAUGCUUUGUCUGCUGAUAUUCUGUCAUUUUUAGAAACAUUUUGCAAAGUUACGGAGAUAAAUACAACCAUAGGCACUCUUGUUGAUGUAGAAAUAUUCGUAACUGAUGUAACGUUGGCAGAAAUCCCUGGUACAGAGAAAUCAGGAUCAUCUGUUGGAAAUUGUAAUACUUGUUAUAACAGAAAUGUUGCAAAUGAGGCAUAUGAAUGGUGCAUUAACUGUCAGGAACUGUAUUGCAAUAUAUGUACAUCAAUUCAUAGGGCUACAACAUGUUCAGCCAAACAUACUAUUAUCUCUGUAAAUAGUACGUCUAAACAUUUUCCACCAAAUAUCCAUUUCAAAACUGAAUGCAAAAAACAUAGUCAAAAUUUAGACUUUUAUUGUAACACCCAUGAAAAGAUUGUUUGCAUCGUUUGCGUGAGACUGAAUCAUUUAAAGUGUGUGGAUAUCGUCUCUGUUGAAAAGGCUUCACUAAACAUAAAAUCUUCAUUUCGGCUUACAGUUAUCGACACAGUAAUUAGGAGACUAGAAUCAGAUAUAGACGAUGUUCUUUCAGGUUUACUACACCAUGAACGAAAACGUAACAUUACAAAACUUGACUUAGAAGCUAAGAUUUUAAAUAUAUUCAAAAAGUCUGUGUCCAUGGAAGAAGCAGAAGUCAAAGUUAAACCCUUAACUGGUUUAAUAUUUAUAUAUGAACUUACAGAAAAUGCCUAUAUACAACUUACAAAAAUACGAAAUAAGGUUUCCGAGAUUAAUGCCAAUAUAUACAAAAUUAACAAAUAUUGUACUGAAAGUCAAACAUUUAUAGCAAUUCAUAAACUAAACAAAGACAUCUCUGAAGUCGAAAAGAUAUUCAAAGCGACCUUUGAUCAAUUAACAGAACAUAAUCUUCUCUUAGAAUUAAUUGACAAAUAUGAGUUGCAGUACAGUAUUAAAAGAUAUGAAACAUUACAGUCGAAACCAAUUGAUCAAGCAGGUGCUCAAGUCUGUGUUUCUGAUAUUGAACACAUCGGAAUUUUACCAACAUCAUCAUUUGUUGUGAACGGAAUAGAUUUAAACGCACCGGCAAGGAUAACAAUUUUAGGAGAACGUAUACUUAUUGUCCAUAAGGAUAAAAUCAUUGUUCAAAAUAUCAGUGGUUAUUUUGAAUAUGAUAUAACACUCCUAUAGUACAGCUAGUGAUAUUGCUGUUAUAAAUGGUAAAAAUGUAGUCGUAUUGCUACAUAAUUCUAUUGAAAAAGUUACCAUUAUGAACAAACAAACUGAAACUGUUAGAAAACAUCCUUCAGAAAAAUAUCGUGCGUUAUCGUACUUUGGUAAAUAUUUGUUUGUACUCAGCAAUUUUGUAAUCCAUAUCAUGGAUCUCUCUGGAAAUAUUGUAAAAUCUUAUCAGAAUACCGAAACAUAUCAGGAUAAUAAUUAUGAUCCCUGCAUAGUUGCACAUGAUGAUCAAUUGUUCAUCUUAUCUUGUUCUGUAGAAAGUCAUCUUCAGUGUUUUGAUCUAAAUGGCACACGGCUAUGGCACUCAAUAUUCAAAAAUAUGAAUCUUGGUGUACAGAUGACAAUAGACAGUAAAGGUAAUUUGUUUAUCCCCUGUUACUACGAUGGAAGCAUAAGAGUUCUUAACAUCCGGGAUCGGUUUUGUAAACUGAUGCUCACUGAGACAACGGAAUUUAAAUCCCCGAGGGCACUGUAUUUCGAUAAAGAAAACUGUCGUAUUGUCGCUUUGCACGGGUCUCAUAUGUGCACCGUGUUUGACGUCUCUUAUCGAUAUAUGUAGUGUAUGGUUUUAAAUAAGAAAAAAGGACAAUAUCAUCUAAAUAGUAAAGCAUUCAAUGUGCUUGUAUAAACCUUUUUUAAUUUUAAAACAAUAUAGUUUGUGAACAUAUCUAUAUUGAAGAAAUUUGAUGCUUGAUGAUAGAAAUAUAGCUUAAGAACAGAUUCAAUACCUUAAAUUACUAUUUACUUAAAUCAAGGUUGUGUAGGUUUGGCGACUUUAUAAGGACAUAUUUAUGAAAGCAGUGGCGAUAUUGAAUAAUUAAUACAUUAGUUAAAAGAAGUCCAAAAAUACUUUUUUUUUAAUUUCAAAAUUAUAUUAUUACUUAACUGACAAUUUACAAAAAAGUAUCAUUUUAAAUUGAACAAUAUUCAAACACUCAAUGUUAGUUGUUAUAAGUCCAAUCAUGAAAAAUAUUUUCGUUUCUAUCAAUAACAUUAUUAUUUAUGUUAACAUAACCCCAUUGAACCAAAGUACGUGCAUUGUAAGAGGUAGUUCUCACUUUUUAUUCCCACUUAGAUGGACUGUUAUUAAAAUGUAAAUUUACAUGAAAUGAAUGUUUGAGAGGCAGCUUGCUAAUAAACAUUACAAAAAACACUAAUUUCAUCUCAUAUGCAUAUAAUUAAAAUAUUUUUUAAUGAUAUUCUUGAACUGUUUGCCAAAUAAACCUAUACCGAAUUCAUAAGUAUGUUAGUUUGGGGAGGUUUUUAGGACGAGAUCUUCGGUACAAUUUGUUAUAUGAACUGACGUCCUUUUUGGCUGAACUAGAUAUAAGCCAUUGACGCUUUAUCACUGACAACCGUAUGCUUUCUUCAUGAGAUGUUUUUUUUAUUUUCCUUGAUUUGAUUUUGCUCGGUUGUACCUCAGUAUUGUACUUUUUGUUUGUUGAGGUUUUGUACGUAUUUGUUUUUUGUUUUAUUUUUAACAUUUUAAUAUUUUGAAAAGAAAUAGAUGUGUAUAAUGCCUUAUCUUAAAUGAGUAAAUGACUUGAAGAGCAUAAUAAUGUAGUUUAGUUAAUACGCUGGUAUACAAAUUGUUAGGAAAUUUAUUAGUUUUGUAAAUCGGUGAUUUAAGUUCUAAAAAUAAAAAUCAAUGAUAACACA